AUGAUACCCAUUCCGCGCCUCAAGCCCGACGGGGCUGCGAUUUUGAACACUGCGCUCGCCGCAACGGGUGUGCCGGGGACGCUCGCCGUUGCCAACGCCGAGGGCAUCCUCUUCAGCGGCACCACUGGGCCGUUCGACCCCCUCAAGCCCGACAGUCGUGCGCUGAAGGAAGACGACCUCAUGUGGUUUGCCAGCACGACCAAGCUCCUCACCUCCAUCUGCUACCUCCAGCUAGUGGACAGGGGGUUGCUCACGCUUGACACGGACAUGCGCACCAAGUUUGCACCUCUGGACGAGGCGGCGUCCAAGAUUAUCGUCGGGUUCGAAAAGGACGACACCCCAAUCUACAAGCCCAACACCGAGCCUGUGACCCUCCUCAGCUUCCUCAACCUGACCUGCGGGUUUGGAAUGGAGUAUGGGCCUACAGUGAUGAGGCACAAGAAGCGUGCGGCCAAGGGCAGGGGGUUUGUCAACUCGUGCAAGGUGGAAAACCUCAUCCACACGCCCCUCUGUUUCGAGCCUGGUACAAGUUUCCAGUAUGGCAACUCGUUCGACUGGCUGGGCCUCAUGCUACCCCAUUUGACGGGGACUAGCUCGGAGGACUACCUCCAGGACAACAUUCUGAAGCCUCUGGGCCUCAAGGCCACGACCUUUUUCCCCUUUGGUCCGGACUGGGAUGACAGACUCAUGCCGCUGCGCUGGAGGCGCUCAGACGGAGUCUUCCAGGCCAUUGACCGUAAGAGCCCAGCAGCAAUGCUCAUGCUGCCGCGAAAGGAGGAGAUCGAGUACGUUGUCGGGGGCGGCGCUGCGUAUUCCACCAGCCACGACUACGCAGUCAUCCUCCAACACCUUUUGGCCCACUACGUCGCCAUUCACAAUGGCGCACCCCGCCCGGCCAACCCAAUUCUGUCGGACAAGUCUGUCGAGUCGCUGUUCAACCCCACCCUCCCUGAGUCGGCCAUUGAGGAUGUGGCAGAGUGUGUCACCCACGUCCUCGGCGAGGCCAUUGCUCCCGGCGAGGCCGACUGGACCACGGCCACGGCAAUCUACACGCCCCACGACGGCCGCCGGCGUCCAUGCCUGGGUAUGCCUGGCCGCCAUGCUGGCAGCAUCGGGUGGGGCGGGGCUGCUGGAACACUGUAUUGGAUUGAUUUGAAGGCGGGAAUUGCUGGUGGUCGAGGUACGUACCAUAUCUGCUACCUCGACAGCGAUGUCUUGCGGGCCACUGGUACCAGUAUCCACGGUGUCGGCGAUCGUGUCUCCCUGCCAACUGAACUCGUAGCCGAGCUGGUUCGCGCUGCUGCAUGCUUGUGGUCGAGUGAGAUGGAAGGAUGA